AUGAGUGCUCGAUUCAAGGAUAGAUCGCUUGAGAUAGUCAGUGGCUCAGCGUUACCAGCAUCUAAAUCGACUAGAAAUACUAGAAUACUUCUGGUACUACUAAGUAUCUUUAUUUUAACAACUACUGUUUUGGCUGUAGUUUAUGGUUUGGAGAAAGCAAAAACAACAUCAAAUACUGGGACGACCACGCCGGCAACACCGGCUAGCCAAGAUUUAUGUUUAACACCAUAUUGUGUCAAAGCAGCCAAUUAUUUGAUUGAAAGUAUUGAUGAAACUGUUGAACCUUGUGAAGAUUUUUUUAAUUUCGUCUGCGGAACAUGGAUAGAAAAUACUAGAAUUCCUGACGAUGCUGGAGCAGAAAAUACGUUCAAUGCUCUGCGAGCUCAAUUAGAUAACAAUAUUGUUGAUCUACUCUCAUCACCACCUUCAAGUGAUACUGUGGAGCCUAUGGCCGUUAAAAAUGCUCGAAAUUUGUACCAAUCAUGUAUCGAUGAGGCUGGUAUAGAUUCCGAAGGUGUUGAGUCCAUUCUUGGAUUGAUUGAGACAGAGUUUGGUGGAUGGCCUAUCUUGCAAGGUCCCUCGUGGAAUAAUUCUACAUUUAACCUGACGAAUGUGUUGCUCAAUCUUCGAAAAUACAGCAACAGCAUCUUUUAUCGUGUCAGCACAUCCAUAGAUGAAAAGAAUUCUACUAACUACGAUAUUGAAAUAGGACAAGGUGAUCUUGGCCUAGGACAAAAGGAAUAUUACACUACCGAAACUAAUAUUACUGUAGCCUAUCGACAAUUUAUGCUGGAUAUAGUUGAUUCGUUGGCUAACGAUGCUUCUAUGGCAGAUAUCGAUAUUAAGGAUAUGUUCGAUUUUGAAAAAUCAAUUUCAGAAUAUCAUUGGAGCAGUUCAGAACAACGAGCACGUGAUAAUGAAACAGUACGAACGACCAUCGGAAACUUAUCACUUGCACUCGAUACUACAUUCGAUUUCACCGAUUAUGUUAUUCGAUGUUAUCUAUUGGGUAACAUUACUCUACUAGAGACUGAUGUCAUUUUUGUCCGUGAACUUGAAUAUUUGCGCAAUGUUUCUGAUAUUGUUAGUCAAACAUCACCACGUACUCUGCAAAAUUACAUGAUUUGGCGUUUUGUAAUGCAUCGAGUACGCGAUAUGCCACAAAGUCUUCGUCUUUUUCGAGAUCGUUUCGAGCGAAUAUUUCGCGGAACAAGCGCCGAAUCACCGCGUACAAUCCAAUGCGGUCGUUAUAUCAAUGAUAAUAUGGGCUUUGCCGUCUCAAAACUCUAUAUAAAGCGUUUUUUUGAUGAAAACGCUCGUAAUCAAUCGUUCAACAUGAUCAAUAAUAUUCAGGAUGCAUUUAUUGGUAUGCUCAAGGAAACAACUUGGAUGGAUUCGGAAUCUUUGGAGAAAGCCAUUGAGAAGGCUAAUGCGAUUGAUCGAAAAAUUGGUUAUCCUGACUAUUUAGGCAGUGAUAACAAUACAAAACUCGAGGAAGAUUAUGCUGAGUAUGUGUUCGGCAAGUCAUAUGCAAACAACGUUCUUAAGCUAUUGCAAAUCAAAGCCCAAGAAGAUUUUCAAAUUCUUCGAAAACCUACUGAUCAUAAAGCUUGGGGUGAUACAGCACCAAGUAUUGUCAAUGCAUUCUAUGAUCCAUCAAAAAAUCAAAUAACUUUUCCAGCUGGUAUCCUACAAAAACCUUUCUUUGAUAAAGAUGCACCAAAAUAUCUCAAUUAUGGUGGUAUCGGAGUCGUAAUCGGGCAUGAAAUAACUCAUGGAUUUGAUGAUGAAGGUCGCCAAUUCAAUAAAGAUGGAGAUCGAAUUCCUUGGUGGAGUGAUGAAACGAUCAAAAAAUUUAUCGAACGUAAGACAUGCAUUGUUGAUCAGUACAGUAAUUAUACAAUAACUCAAAUCAACAUGACGGCGAAUGGCUUCCAAACGCAAGGUGAAGAUAUUGCUGACAAUGGUGGACUUCGAGAAUCGUUUUUCGCUUAUCGAAAAUGGGCUAAAGAAAAUCCAAAUGCCGAUAAACGGUUACCAGGUCUUCAGAAAUAUACACCAGAACAAAUGUUCUUCAUUAACUAUGCCCAUACGUGGUGUACAAAAAUGACCGAUGCCUAUGCAUUGUCUCGCCUGUUGACUGAUGUCCAUUCACUAGGACAAUUCAGGGUCAUUGGUCCAACAUCGAAUUUCGAUGAAUUUGAUCGCGCUUUUUCUUGCAAGCCAGGUCAAGGCAAUAGUCGAAUAGACAAGUGUAUCGUAUGGUAG